AUGCAUUGCAUAUGGCAGUGUCCAAAGGCUAAACAUGUAGAAGGAGAGGUUAGGGAGAUAGAAUUGUUUGCAGGAAUAGCUUGGUGGAUUUGGCGUCAUAGAAAUAAUGCUUUUCAUUGGGGUAAGGAGCUGCAAGCUUCUGAGUUGUUCCAUAAAGCAGUAGAGUGGAUGGAGGAAUGGUCCAAUGCAAAUGUAAAGGACCAGAAGCCUUUGCAAUCUAGCGACAAUGAUGCAGAUUCGUUAAUUUGGGAGGCUCCUCCUCCUAGUUGGAUCAAGCUUCACUUUGAUGUAGUUCUUGAUGAAUUUGGAAGGAUGCAAGGUGCAUUGGUUGAUCCUGUUGAUGGGACACUUAGUCUGUUGGCAACAGAAGCUGGAGCUUUAAGGUAUGGAAUUCUUUAUUGUAAAGAGCUGGGUUUUACUAGAGUUGAGAUUGAAGGUGAUGUCUUGAAUGUGUUGAAGGCUUUAGACAGUAAUGGCUUUGACUUGAGUGAGAUUGGGGCUGUUAUUGAGGGUGUUAAACAUGUGAUGGUAGAGAUGGAGAUGGUUAAGUGGAAGCAUGUUAGGAAAAAGUACAAUUAG